AUGGGGAAGUGGGCAUGGGGAAGUGGGCAUGGGGAAGUGGGCAUGGGGAAGAGGGCAUGGGGAAGUGGGCAUGGGGAAGAGGGCAUGGGGAAGUGGGCAUGGGGAAGAGGGCAUGGGGAAGUGGGCAAGGGGAAGAGGGCAUGGGGAAGUGGGCAUGGGGAAGAGGGCAUGGGGAAGUGGGCAUGGGGAAGUGGGCAUGGGGAAGAGGGCAUGGGGAAGAGGGCAUGGGGAAGAGGGCAUGGGGAAGUGGGCAUGGGGAAGUGGGCAUGGGGAAGAGGGCAUGGGGAAGAGGGCAUGGGGAAGAGGGCAUGGGGAAGAGGGCAUGGGGAAGUGGGCAUGGGGAAGUGGGCAUGGGGAAGAGGGCAUGGGGAAGUGGGCAUGGGGAAGUGGGCAUGGGGAAGUGGGCAUGGGGAAGAGGGCAUGGGGAAGUGGGCAUGGGGAAGUGGGCAUGGGGAAGAGGGCAUGGGGAAGAGGGCAUGGGGAAGUGGGCAUGGGGAAGAGGGCAUGGGGAAGACGGGUGGGGGCACUGGUGAUGUUCGCUGGGGCUUCUGUCUUGUCACGGGUGAUUGA